GGCGGAGUCGUAUUAUCAUGAUAUGCUAGGUAUAGUAGGCACCGUGGUAACGAACAUGUUGCCGCACAGCCGUAAUAAUAGCGCUCGAAGCGUCACAAUGCGCCUGUACUGCUCUGGCCAUCACUUUAUGACUUUGUAGUGCCGCUAUGCCGCCUUGAUGGGUUUCUCACUAAGGCACGCUAAAUGAAAUUGUGUAUGCUUUGUUUUGCAUGUGUCUCGCGAUGUUUGAAAAUUAUGGUGCUAAUAGACCUGCCGUUUGCCAUAUGCGGCGAAGGAACAGCCCUAAUCCAACCUAAGGCACUAUUCGCAUCGGCGCGUAAAGGUCACAGUUUAUGUUAUUUCGCAAUUACAGACAGGGGUUGUAACGUGUUUGGGGGGACCCUAAGAUACGGUUAAUCAAGAAUACGCCAGCGGGGUCGCGAUCGUCGAACGCUAUGGACCUGAUUCUUGAGGAAAAAUACGCGUAAGUGGUUGUUGUUCUUGAGCUUCGCUAUGUAUAGUGGAACUAUCGACGAACAUUUUGGUCCCCUCUUGCCCGAGGAAAAUGAGCAGUUCGAGCUUGAUACGAGUGAUGACGAAGCGACCAGCGAUCACCCUGCUGAAAAGGAGUUCUAUGAUGGGCUCCGCACCUCAACUGCCAACUUCGACGGAGGUACCACUAGCGGCAACUUGGAUGAGGUUGAUAGCGUUGAUCUCUCUGGUGCUAAGCGAAUCAGUACUGAAUAAUUUAUUGCAACGGUGAAUUCUUCUAUAUUUGAUGGUAUAUAGGCUCUGAACAUGAUUCAAAGCAAGUACUCUAUGAAUUAUAGUGAAUUAAAUGGGUCCAAAACUGCUACUAUGGACGAUGAGUACUAUCCCGUGUUUCAUCUGGAUAUAAUUAGCAUUGUUAAGUAGUAAAGGUCUCUAUUUAUUCUAGCAAAGUUAUACUACUCUAAAUAACUACUAAAAGUAAAGACUGUUGAAGUGUUUUAGAGUCUUGGAGACUUGGGUGGAGUGGUUUGCUGUUGAGAGCGAU